GUAAUUCACUGUACAUAUAAAUCCAUUUUUACUAGUCUUUUUACUUCUCUUUAGUCAAAUAAUAGUCUCCAAUUCCAUUCCUUUUACCUUGGCUGUUCUUGUCCGUCCCAGUUCCAAGGUAAAACUGGUCGGAUGUCCAAAUUCCAAAACCCUCCUAAUCUGUCUUGCUCUUUAACGCGGUCGCUGACUGUCCAUUCUCCAACACGCUUGUCUAGUGCGUCGACAGAGAACCCUUCACUCAAACCAGAUUCCAGAAACCCGGUGCAUGAAGGUUUAGGAGGUUCAACUUCUUAGUUAGAUCCGAUAACAGCAUGGAUCUAAAUUUGAAGAAUCUGUUUGUUAGAUUCCAGGAGCAAUUUGGGUCUGGUCCAGGGCUUGGUCCUGGAUCUGGGACAUGUCUCAUGAAGGUGGAGGGUAUUGCUCCUAAUUUUGUUAAGUCGUUAUUUAAAGCUUCAACAGCUCUAUAUAGGACUGAUCCCUGGAGAAGGUUGCGGCCGGGACAUCAUUUUGGUAUCAAGGUGGGGAAAGAUUUGGAUUGGUCCGGAAAGAAACAGCCUUUCCCAUGUGCUCAAUUCAUUGGAGGGGAUGGUGGGGAUAUAGGAUUCAUCAUGUUUCGAUCCUAUAAUGAUGCAAAGAAGAUGACAGGCUCGAGAGAGACUAUCCGGGUUCCGAACAUUGAGCUUUUAAGGGUUACGUACGAACGUGAGUCAUUGAUGUUUCCUUCAAAUAGGAAAAUGAUCAAGUCUUUGUCACUGGAAGCAUCGGGGACUGAUCGUUUUCCUGUAAUUGAUGUUGCACGUUGCACAUCUUCAGGGGAUCUUCGUUUUAGGAACCCGACACUGGAAGAGCUUAGGUUUGUAUAUGCAUUCAUGAAAGCCACCUCUCUUGUACACCCAUUGCUUCAGGUAGAUAGGGAAGGUGGUCCAAAGUGGUCUAUGUUAAUGCACUUUGAACCAUUUAUUGAGACAGUGGAUGUUCAGUGGCCUCCAGAAUUGUCCAAGAGCAGUGACCUUGUUGCAGUUACAGUCUCACACCCACCUGGUCAGACAUACGAAGAAAAGGCUACUUCUACAGCUAGCUCUACUCCUACCAAGUAUGGAGAACCACCAAAGGAGGAUUCUUUUAUUGAUGUUAAAUUAUACUCAACAGCUGGCUGGAGGCAGUGUGAUAUGUGCGAUAAAGAAGUUCAUGGAGAACAGUGUCUCUAUUGUGGGCAAUGUUGAGCAGUGGUUUACUGCAGUUCUGUGUGCCAGAAUCAGUAUUGGAAGGAGACACAUAAAAGCACGUGUGAUCUUUACAAAGUUAUGAUGGAAAAGCAUCUGUGGAUCAUUUACUUUUGCAUUGUGAGGUGGCAAGGGCUUUGUGGGAUGGAGUUUUUAGUAGAACUGGGUUGGCUUGGGUGAUGCCUUUGAGAGUGGUUGAUCUUCUUGCGUGUUGGAAUGGGCUAUAUGGUUGCUCCCAAGUGGCUGUGGCAUGGAAGAUGGUUCCUUUGUGUCUUAUGUGGUGUAUUUGGUUGGAAAAGAACAAGCUGUGUUUUUAAUGAUAAGAAGCAUACUUCGGAGGAAAUUUGGAAUUUUUUUGUACACUCUUUAUUGCAUUGGUUCUUUGCUUUAGUUAUUAAUGGAGCUUCAACUCAUGACAUUUUGCUGUCGUUUUAUGCUU